CUUCACUCGAAAACCUCACAAAAAGCUAAAACCCUAAUUUACAACAUCGUCGUGACUUAAUCCCAAAUUGAGUUGAUUCAAGGGUUCUUAAGAUGAUUGAACAUGGCAACUCAGCUUUUGAUUACCGGAGUAUAAGAGAGGUUGCUGCAAACGCCACCGCUGGUAAUAAUGAUCAUGGUCUUGAGGAUUCAGGGAAUCCAUUUUAUGGAAGUUCAGAUGAAGAAUAUAGUGAAGCUCGUGUCUUGGACAAUGAUAAUAAGUUGAGACGUGAGCAAUUCCACACGGCCGGAUACCGUGAAGGGAUUGCUGCUGGUAAAGAAGCUAUUGCUCAGGAAGGUUAUAACUUUGGCUAUAAGGAAUCGGUUACUGCAGGCUACAAGUUUGGUAUUGUUAGAGGUGUUUCCAGUGCACUGGCUUUUCUCCCGAAUGAGUUAAGAGAAAAGCUAAUCGAUGAAGAAGAAACUAGAGACAAGUUUCAGAAAUUACACACUUCUGUGCAUGCUCUCUCAACGGAAGUAGCAAUGAAGCGGUUUUAUGAAACUUUGACUACAAAGCAAGGAGAAGAGAAGAGUUCUGGUUCAGGUAUUAAUGCCACAACUGACUUGGGAAGCUAUGUUACUGAGCUAAGCUCUCUUCUUGAAAAAUCUCCUACGAUUGAAGUUGAUUUGGAUACAUGAAAGGAGUCUUGUUCUAUGAUCAUUGUCAAGCAAAAGCAAGAUUAGUAGUGGAUCUUGUUUCCAAACCAAACUGUUUGUAACUUCUGUUCUGUUUAGUUGAGAAAAUGAUUCAUCAAUAAAAUUUGAUAUGUCACCUACAACAAA